AAAAUAUUUUAAAAACUACUUUAAAAAUCACUCCUCACGCAAUGACAAACCGUACGAAACAUCAUAAAAUCCAUCCACCAAACGUUUUUACGCACAAAAACCAAACAGGGAAGAGAAUCCCAGAAAUGGAGUCUGAAAACAGAGAAAGCGAGGCAACUCAUCCAUUACCAACCAACUCCAAGAACUCGCGAGUCACAGAUCCAACUCUUAAAGACCCACCAAUGUCAACCCCUUCUUCGUCCUCAUCUUCUUCAACAUCACCUGGGCCAUCUCAAAAACGGCAAAACAACGAUCACAACCUCUCGCCACCACAAACCAAUAAAAAAAGAACCAAGAAAACACCACCUCCACUGCCAAACCUCCCUCACGAACUCAUCAUUGAAAUCCUAUCUCGGUUGCCUGCCAAAUCCCUAAUCAAAUUCAGGUGCGUUUCCAAAUCAUUCAAAUCCCUGAUUUCAAAUCCCCAAUUCAUCAAAACGCAUCUCGAAAAGGUCAAGAAUUUAUCAAGAAACGACCCUGAUUUCUCUCCAGAAAUCGUUAUUUCCUCCAGCGAGCCACUGUUUAGGCUCAAGAGCUGCUCACUUUACUCUGUUUAUAAUAACCCAGUGACUGAUGCUGUUGUGAUUGAUUACUAUCUAUUGAAGGAUAUCUAUCGUUAUGAUUGGGUUGUUGGGUCCUGUGAUGGGCUAGUGUGUUUGGGUAUUAAGCAGGAUUUUGUGGUCUUAUGGAACCCAUCUACAAGGGUUUUUAACAGAUUGCCUGAUUUGGGAUUUGCAAAGAAAUUAGGUAGUUAUACUGUUUUUGGGUUCGGUUAUGAUAGUCAAAUAGAUGACUAUAAGGUGCUGGCUAUGUUUUGUUUUCUGACUAAGAGUGUUUAUGGAGGCAGUAGAUAUGUGACAAGAAUUAAGGUUUGUGCAUUGAAGGGUGAGUGUUGGAGGAGGCUUGAGGAUUUUGGGCUUGGUCUUCCAUAUGAUGUUUCAGGAAAACAUGUUGAUGGGAAGCUUUGUUGGCCGGUUAUGCCUGAAGGGAGUAUAGGGUCAGCGUGGUCUAUUGUUGCUUUUGAUUUAGCCCAAGAGAUGUUCGAGGAGGUUGUGCAGCCUGAUUAUGGGGCUGUUGGUUAUGAGAGAGUGUUGGGGGUCUUACAAGGCUGGCUCUGUGUGAUGUGUAACUAUCAAGGGGUUCGUGCUGAUGUCUGGGUUUUGAAGGAGUUUGGAGUUAGAGAUUCCUGGACUAAGCUGUUUAGCAUACCAUAUUUGGAUGAUCCUUUGUGGUUUCAUUAUUCAGUGCCUCUGUGCAUUGAUGUUGGAGGUGAGGUUCUGUUGGAGUACAAGUCAGUUUUAGUGAUUUACAAUCCCAAACAUGGUACUUUCAGGUACCCUGUGAUGAAUGGUGCUAGUUCUUGUAUAGAAGCAGAUGUGUACAUUCAGAGCCUGGUUUCACCCGUUGUUGAUGGUCAGGUCUAAUGUUUUAGACAACAAGCAUAAUGAGAAACAACAGUGGUGGGUUCAAACCUUUUUGCUACGCAUCUAGUUGGUUGCUGUCUUUUCAAUUUGAUGAACAUUGUGUUUUAUUUGACAAAGAAAAUCAUGAUCCUGUAAAGAAUCUCUUGCUAUUGUCUAUAGAAUAAGGGGUGCUAGAGUUAUGACAGGCUUCUCUUUUCUUAAUGAAUUUUAUUUUUGUCUGAUUUUA